AGAGAAGAGAAGGAGCAGCAGAGGAGUCCGGAGCGCAGCGCGGACGCUUCUCCUUCUCUCCUCCCCCUUCAGACCCCGCCGCUCCACUCCAUCUCUCCCUCUCUUUUUUUCCCCUCUCUCUCUCCCUCCCGCUCUCUCUCCCCCUUUCUUAAAUUGACAUUGGUCUGGCUCGAAACAUGAUAACAGAAAAGCCUUCCUCCGCUCCGCGUUGUCGGGCUGUCCUCAACCCCGAUCACUUGAAACUCAAAUAAGCAGGGCGCAAAGAGGAAAAAGGAUCGCACAGUAUCCUAUCAGCGGGUGCUCAGAGGAAAUAACAAGAGACCUUUAUACCACACACACCCUUGUAUGUGCUCUUGCGCAUCGUAGAUUUUUGAAAGUGCUAGUGUUCAACUACAGUGAAAGUUAACAUGUAUAUGCACGCUUUGAUACGCGCAAGCCUUGGAUUUGUAGGUUUCUGCUUGGUCGUCUUUGUCCAACAGUCAGCUUCAGGAAGUAAACCUACUCAAGAUGUGGACGAGUGUGCAGAGGCACUUGACAACUGCAGCAUCGAUGCCAUCUGCCAGAACACCCUGAAGUCAUACAAAUGUAUCUGCAAGUCAGGCUAUAAAGGAGACGGCAAACAUUGUGAAGACGUCGACGAGUGUGCAACUGAUUACAACGGUGGCUGUGUCCACGAGUGCAUCAACAUCCCGGGAAAUUACAGGUGCACAUGCUAUGAUGGCUUCCGCUUGGCACAUGAUGGGCACAAUUGUCUAGAUGUGGAUGAGUGCUCGGAAGGCAACGGCGGAUGCCAACAGAUUUGUGUCAACAUGAUGGGCAGCUACGAGUGCCGCUGCAGAGAAGGAUUCCUCCUGAGUGACAACCAGCAUACCUGUAUCCAAAGGCCUAAAGUGCAACCAGACGGCCCAAAGGAGGGACCCACCUGCAUGGACAAGAACCACGGCUGUACGCACAUCUGUAGGGAAACACAGAAGGGUGGCAUCUCCUGCGAGUGUCGACCUGGAUUCCAGCUCACCCGUAACAUGAAGGACUGCAAAUUGACGUGUAACUAUGGCAAUGGGGGUUGCCAGCACAUCUGCGAGGAGACGGACCACGGCCCCAAGUGUUCGUGCCACAUGAAGUUUGUCCUGCACAGCGAUGGAAAGACUUGUGUAGGCCCAAUCCGUCACCCCAGCUGUAUCAUGGGUGUGCGUGUGCAUGCAGGGGAGAGGAGUGUCCAGUCCCCGGCAGCCCCACAGCUGUUCCCCAAUGAGACCUGUGCAGUGAACAAUGGCGGCUGUGAUAGCACAUGUCAUGAUUCAGUGACAGGAGUCCGCUGCAGCUGUCCUGUUGGCUUCACUCUGCAGCCGGACCGCAAAACCUGCAAAGAUAUUGAUGAGUGCCGUCUUAACAAUGGGGGAUGUGAUCAUGUGUGUCGAAACACGGUGGGAAGCUUUGAGUGCAGCUGCAAGAAAGGCUACAAGCUGCUGACCAAUGAGAGAACUUGUCAAGACAUUGACGAGUGCUCUUUCGACCGUGCCUGUGACCACUUUUGUGUCAACUCUGCCGGCAGUUUCCAAUGUCUCUGUAAUAAAGGCUACGUCCUCUAUGGCUUGGCACAUUGUGGAGAUAUUGAUGAAUGCAGUAUAAAUCGCGGAGGUUGUAAAUAUGGCUGCAUCAACUCUCUGGGGAGCUAUGAGUGUACCUGUCCACCAGGGUACAAACUGCACUGGAACAGGAAAGACUGUAUUGAGCUGGUGAAAUGUUCUCCUGGACUUGUAGCACCAAAGGCUACUCUGACCUGCAGCAAGACGGGCAAGAAAGAGAGCUGCUCGCUCACCUGUGCCUCCAAGGCUCACUAUCUGGCAGAGUCUGACAACAGCUACUCUGUGAGUUGUGGUAUCCCAAUCCUCAGAGGGAAAUCCCCUGCCAGGCUCAACUCCAGCAGCAGUCAGAGCUGCAUAGAGACUUUGGCCCCUCCAGUGAAGCAGACGGCUUCUUUCAAGAUCAAAAACGCCAAAUGUCACCUGCACCCGAAGCUGACCGGCAGGACGGAGGACAGAGGACGAACACUUGGACCAGGAGGCGGGCAGCCCUGCAGCAACUGCCUGGUGACAUUUGUCAACCUCAAAUGUGACUCCUCCAAGAAAGCUAAAGGACGACGUGCUCGCAACCCCUCUAACAAAGAGGUAACGCGCAUCACUUUGGAGCUGGAGGCUGAGGUCAAACCUGGAGACACCACAGGGAGUUGCAAUCUCAGCUGCCUCAGACAGCGCAUGGAGAAGCAGGUUAAGACAUAUAUAAAAGCUCUGAAGAAGUCCAUCAACCAGGAGCGCUUCCUGAUCCGAGUUGCUGGUUUGGAAUACGAGGUGGCCCAAAAACUUCCCCAGGCUGCUCCCAUUCAGGAGAACUGUGGGCCCGGCUGGGAGAGGGACAGCGGCCGAUGUGUCAGAUGCUUGCCGGGGUCUUACUACCACGGUGAGCAGGAACGCUGUGUCCAGUGUCCACCUGGCACUUUCCAGGAGAAAGAGGGGCAGCUGGCCUGUGACCUCUGUCCCGGCAGUGACGGCCACGGGCCUGUCGGGGCACGAAACAUCUCCUCCUGUGCAGGCCAGUGUCCGACAGGGUACUUCUCCAGCGAUGGGUUCAAACCCUGUCAGCCAUGCCCACAGGGCGCCUACCAACCAGAUUUGGGACGGACCCUGUGCUUCCCCUGUGGGGGAGGACUGAGCACCAAGCGGGAAGGUGCCAGCUCCUUCCACGAUUGUGAAGUCAAAGUUCAGUGUUCUCCAGGUCAUUACUACAACACCACAGUACACCGGUGUAUUCGCUGCCCAGUGGGGACGUAUCAGACAGAGUUUAGACAGAACUACUGUAUUUCCUGCCCUGGGAACACCACCACUGAUUUUGAUGGUGCCACAAGUGUCUCACAGUGCAAGAACAGGCAAUGUGGUGGUGAGAUGGGUGAAUUCAUGGGUUACAUUGAGUCACCUAACUAUCCCGGUAAUUAUCCAGCUAAUGUGGAGUGUAUUUGGAACAUCAACCCACCCAGCAAGCGCAAGAUCUUAAUCGUAGUGCCAGAGAUUUUCCUGCCCUCGGAGGAUGAGUGUGGAGAUGUUCUGGUUAUGAGGAAGAACUGGUCAGCCACAUCCAUCACCACCUACGAGACAUGUCAGACGUACGAGCGGCCCAUUGCCUUCACAGCUCGGUCCAGACGCCUCUGGAUUAAUUUCAAGUCCAAUGAGGCCAACAGCGCCCGGGGCUUUCAGAUCCCCUAUGUUACUUAUGAUGAGGACUAUGAACAGCUCGUAGAGGACAUAGUGCGAGAUGGAAGACUCUAUGCCUCAGAAAACCAUCAAGAAAUCCUCAAGGAUAAAAAACUGAUUAAGACUCUUUUUGAUGUGCUGGCUCACCCAAACAACUACUUUAAGUACACUACUCGGGAGUCCAACGAGAUGCUUCCUCGCUCUUUCAUACGUCUCAUAAGCAGCAAAGUAUCCGCUUUCCUGCGACCUUACAAGUAAAAUGUCACACAGCUGCUGAAGCGCUGGAUUGUGACCCCCUCCCUGCCCUCCCCGACCACCCCCUUCCACCUUACAGACCACAUCCUGCACCUUUCACAGGACUUAAAAAACAUAUUAGUAUGUUUACCCUCUUAUUUUCCAUAGGCUUUGACAAUAAACACUAUGCAGACCUGAGAAAAACUGAAAAUCCAUUUGUGUUUUAGGUUUUUUGUCAGUUUCCAUUCAGCACAGGUCUGCAAUUCCAUGCUCGAGUAUGUGAGUGGGUUUGGUUUCUAUUGUGUUGUGCAAUGAAACCACUCAAAAAACAAAACAAAAGAAACACCCUUUUCAGAAAGUGGGAGUGACGCUUUGUGUACGCGGUUUGAGCUUGUUAUUGUAUUUGCUUAAAUGAGCCGUCUGAGCUUCAACUCCUACCAUUAAGUAUGACUGUUGUGUUGUGUAAGUGUUGUGUAACCCUGGUUCCAUCUUCAGUGUCUGUGCGCUGUCCUCGAGGAGGGGCGGUUGUUAAAUUCAUGUCGCAGCUGCAUUCCACGUCAUUCAAAGCCUUACUAUAUUUGAGCUCUUAGAGCAGUUUCCAAGGGUUUUACUGUUAAAACAGUUCAUCUAUGUUUUGUUACAUCUGUCUAGACUGUACCGACGUUUUUCCAGCCUUCAGAUCAUUUCUGGUGCUCUUUUUAUUUUUUAAAGCCAACUUAAAUACAAAGGUGGUAUAAUCAUUCCAGGAACGUAGUGGACAUUUGGGAGAUGAAUAACAAACUAAUAAUUGUGAGAGCCACAGAAUGAGAUAAUGUGAUGUCUAGUGGAACAUGUCUCAGAGAGAGAGGGAGAGAGAGAGAGAAUGUCUUUGAGGGACAUUAUGUUUGCUGCUUCUUUAAAAAAAAAAAAAAAGGUCACUUUAAUUCUUCAAUCUCAUAUUGUCUUUCUCAUGUAUUCUACACACUAAUAGCCACACUAAUAGGUUUAAAACAAAAAAAAGGAAGCUCCACAUCUGAAAUAGUUCUUAAACACAGUAAGUCUCACAUUGCCUGUCUACCAGUUUUAUGUUUUUUUUAUUUCAAUCUUGUAAAUAAUGAAAAUAAGACGAGGGUUGAAUUCUUUGAUCCUAAUUUUCUGAUGCAUGACCCCCCCCCCCCCCCCCCACACACACACACCCCACA